GCUGUCGUGUAUUUCUAGCUUUCUCGUUAUGAGUUGUAUUUUUCUUAUCGGUUUCGGUCGAUUGUGCGUUAGAUAAAUAUAGCAAACUCAGUCUACACAUUUACACUUUACACUACCUUAGUAGGCUGCAAUAACUUCUAUCGUCAAGAUGUUCUGCUCAUUCCUAACCUGGCUCGGACUGUACGUUGGUGGUGUUUGGUUGUACGAAAAUCUUCGUACUCCUGUACUUCUACUACUGAAAAGCCUUAAACAGUUAAUAUUCCGUCAGAAGCUCUCUCAACGAUACGGCAAAUGGGCCGUUAUCACCGGUGCAUCGGAUGGUAUUGGUAAGGGUUACGCACAUUAUCUCGCCCGGCAGGGCAUGUCGAUUGUGCUGGUAGCUCGCAAUGAAGCCAAACUCGCAAAAGUGGCAGCCGAAAUCAGCGCGAAACACGCUGUGGAAACGAAAAUUGUUGUGGCCGAUUUCUCCAAAGGUCCCGAAAUCUAUCCCCAUCUCGAAAAAGCGCUCGUUCCGCUGGAUAUAGGUAUCCUGGUAAACAAUGUUGGCGUUUCCCACGAUACACCCAAGUACGUAGACGAAAUACCGCAGACUGCGCUUUGGGACUUGAUCAAUGUAAAUGUGGGCGCUGCAACACUGCUCUGCAACAUCCUAGCUCCCUCGAUGAAGCGUCGCCAACGUGGCCUCAUUGUGAACGUGUCCUCAAUCGCGUCAGUCUGCCCAUCGCCCUGUUUGGCGACGUAUGCCGCAUCGAAAGCUUACAUGACGAGCUUCUCCGUGGCACUGCAGGAAGAGCUACGUCCGUUCGGCGUCGAGGUUCAAACCGUGUGCCCCUCGUUUGUGCACACCAACAUGACGGACUUCUUGGUAAAGGAUAUGAAGGACACACGGAUGCAGAAAUAUUUGGUCGAUGUUGAUAGUUUCAUGCGGUACGCGGGAUGCACGAUCGGUAAGGUCGACAUGACUUCCGGCCACUGGUCACACGGUCUACAGACAGCAGGCCUCUAUCUGUUGCCAGAGUUUGCGCGAGUGUUCAUAAUGGGACUAGUUAACAAGCGAGCACGGAAUGUUUUUUACGUUAAGAAGCAGAAAAAGGUGCGAUAAGACUAAUAAUCCUCACUCGUAUAGUGAAAGCUUAUGCAAACUUCGCAUAUUUUUUACCGAAGAUUUGUCGAUAAAAGGCGGGUUUUCUUUAACAUUCAAAA